CUGUAACAAAGGGAAGAGUAGAUGGGAUAGUGUGAGAGUAAUCAAACUUAACACUACCGCUAUGGUGCUGAGAGGGUUAGUGGCACUAAACGCUCUGGCCAAUCCAUUGUCAUCCCUGCCGUAAUCGCCAUCAUCCCGUCGUCCUUCCUCUCCUCAGUGACAAUUGACAUCCUCUCCGUCAUCCCUCCUUGCCUCAGUCACCCCUCUGAUCCUCUUUGGUGAUGUCGGAUGUGCCGCGGCAUAUGUGACAUUAAAUAAAUCUCCCCUAAGGUGGACCGAGAUGCCCCAAUCUCAACCGAGUGCGUUUCAUCUGUGUCACCCCUUCUUCACCAAACAUGUUCUAAGUUCAUACUGGGACUUUGCGUCGUCGAAACAUGAAGGCAGGAGAUGGGAGUGUUUUGUUCAGGUAAAAUGCUCUUUCCUUGCCCUUUGUGCAGAAACCAGUGAGGCGUGUGUGCACACGUUUAACUCACUUUCACCCCAAUGCUGGGGAUCAACCCGGGGUCUCUCGCUGCGGACCAACUUUCAAAGGCUCCCGUUGGAGAACACCAGCACAGCAGCCGCCGCUCAGGAUCAUAAGUGCUUCCUUCUUUAACCGACGGGGUGAAAGAAGGAUGUCUUUUAAGCGAACCACGCCUCCGUUUCCCCCUGCGGCAGAGGAAGAGGAAGUGAUUGGUCAGGACAGUGUAGGCUGGGCCAAUGAGGAAAGAGAAAGCCAGGACCAGCCAACCACACCCCCUCUGCAUGGCAAACCCCUCCCAGAUGAGCACCAGCCAAUCAGAGACACCCAGCCUGAGUCGGAAUGGGAGAGUAUAGGCCCUACUCAGAUGGACAAUGUCAGCACCAAGGGCUGCACAUUGUACUCCUACCGGACUAACUCAACCUCUCCACUCAAGCCUGAAGAGGGUUCCAGGGAGAUGCUAGGCGGAACCACCUUUGGAACCCCAGAGCGCCGCAAAGGAAGCCUAGCGGACGUGGUGGACACGCUGAAGCAGAAGAAACUGGUGGAGUUGACUAAAACCGAGCAGGAUGAGUCGACCUGUGUGGAGAGAUUUCUGUCCAAAGACUGGAAAGACAGAGUGGACCGACUAAAUUCCAGUGAGCUCCUAGUAGAGGUCAAAGGUACCCCAGAGGGUUUGGAGGAGAAAGAGAGGCAGCUGUCCACCAUGAUCAGCCAGCUCAUCAGCCUGCGAGAGCAGCUCCUGGCGGCCCAUGAUGAGCAGAAGAAGAUGGCCGCCUCACAGAUGGAGAAGCAGAGGCAGCAAAUGGAGCUGGCCCGCCAGCAGCAGGACCAGAUUGCAAGACAACAGCAGCAACUCCUGCAGCAGCAGCACAAAAUCAACGUUCUUCAGCAGCAGAUACAGGUACAGGGUCACAUGCCUCCCCUGAUGAUCCCGGUAUUUCCUCACGACCAGCGAUCUCUGGCCGCCGCCGCUGCCGCACAGCAGGGCUUCCUCUUUCCGCCCAACAUGUCCUACAAGCCGGGUGAUAACUACCCAAUGCAGUUCAUUCCAUCCACAAUGGCAGCUGCAGCUGCGUCAGGAAUGAGCCCGCUACAGCUACAGCAGCUGUAUGCCGCCCAGCUGGCCAGCAUGCAGAUAUCCCCUGGAGCCAAAAUGGCCUCCUUGCCACAGCAUCCCAACUCCUCAGGCCCCCUCUCGCCCUCUGCCUUGAAGAGUGAGAAGAAAGUGUCGAGUCCUGUCACUCACAUUAAGGAAGAAGGCUCGACGCAGCCCCUCAACCUCUCAGCUCGACCCAAGAGCGGUGAGCCUCACCGCUCCCCGUCCUCCCCGCCGCGCAGCCUGUACCCGGGGAACAAGAGCAGCCCCAACAGCCUGGGGAAGGGUCGCGUACCCAGCCCCCUCUCCGGUGUGGGCAGGGGCUCACUGGACAUCCUGUCCAGUCUAAACUCCACGGCGCUGUUCGGGGACCAGGAUGCGGUGAUGAAGGCCAUCCAGGAGGCGAGGAAGAUGAGGGAACAGAUCCAGAGAGAGCAACUUCAUCACCAGCAGCAAAGCCUGGAGGCCAAGCUCACGGCCCUGAGCGGCAUGAGUCUCAGCAACGGCGCCAAGGAGCGAAUGCACUUUGAGAGUUUGAGUCAGCACCUGGGCAAGCUGGGAGAUGACGGAAAGAUGGGCCACAGGGUCAUUGACCUCACCAGACCUGAGGAUCUGGACGGUGGCGCCAGCACCACUGAGGCUCGAGUCUUCAGGGAGUCCCGGGGCAGGAACAGUACUGAGCCCCACAUCAAGAGGCCUAUGAAUGCCUUCAUGGUGUGGGCCAAGGACGAGAGGAGGAAGAUACUGCAGACCUUCCCUGACAUGCACAACUCCAACAUCAGCAAGAUACUGGGCUCUCGCUGGAAGUCCAUGACCAACCAGGAGAAGCAGCCGUAUUACGAGGAGCAGGCCCGGCUCAGUAAGAUCCACCUGGAGAAGUACCCCAACUACAAGUACAAGCCCCGGCCCAAGAGAACCUGCAUCAUCGACGGGAAGAAGCUCCGCAUCGGCGAGUACAAGCAGAUGAUGCGCUCGCGACGGCAGGAGAUGAGGCAGUUCUUCAGUGUUGGACCACAGCCUCAGAUCCCCAACAGUGCUGGGGGACUCUACCCGGGGUCCAUCAACAUAGCGACGGCCACGCCGUCCCCGCACAUGACGUCGGACUGCUCCAGCGCGUCGGCCAGCCCAGAGCCCGUCAUCCCCGUCAUCCAGAGCACGUUCGGCGUGGUCAAGCCCAAGGCAGUCGCCAUGGUGACCAGCGACCACGUGGUGAACGGCGAGGACGAGACAGACAUGUAUGAGGACUUCGAAGACAAAUCGGACUACAGCAGUGACCGCGAGACACGGGAGCCGGUCAGUGCCAACUGAGGGCGUUCCAAAAAACGCAUGCUCGACGCAGUUACUGAGCAUGCUCCCGACGCAGUUCCUGUCCAGGAUACAAUGCUCUGUGCGCUGAGCGUGCUCAGAUUGAUUCUGGAAAAGACUUCACAUAAACUGAGCAUGCUCAGAUCUAACAGAACGCCCAUGUUGCUUGAAAUACCCUUUUGGAUGAGAACACUGCUGAGUGAUUGGGCCGAGACAACCUCUUGACAACCUCCAGAUUUUUGGACAGAUGGAAAGUUAACAUGCUCAAACAAUGACAAUCCAACACAGACAAGAGCAAGUAAGAGUCAGUAAGUGAGAAGAGAACAAGAACAAAGAAAUAACCAUGGCAUUUCUGUGUGUGUGGUUUCUUUAAGAAGCAUGCAUGGAUUAGACUGAGACAUCAGGAAUCAGUCUUGAACAGCUAUCGGUCUUAAAUGUUCGUGACAAAGUUUUUAUGAUGUUUUUUUUUUUCAUGGUCAUUUUUCUGACAGGUUACUGCCUGUAAAACCUUGGACUGUCAGGGCUUGAACAUUUGAAAGUUAAUAUAAAUCCUUAGAUCUCGUCUUAGGUUAUAAUUUGAGUACAUCUACACCUUUCUCGACAAAUGCUUACAAUAUGUUACAUUACUGUUUAUGAUAGGGUUUUAUAUCCUUGCUCAGGUAAGCUGUGCCAGCUUGUGAAUGUGUUUUUGAUUUCAUACAAGAGAGCAGUAGGAAUGUUCAGACUGACAAUGAAACAGGAAGAAAAUUCCCUUUUAUUAUUAUUCAUAUUAUUAUUAUUCAUAUUCAUAUUAUUAUUUUCCAUGAUAUUGUACAGUUUUUUUUCUCUCAAAUGUGCCAAACCUACAUUCACAUCCCUCUGAAAUAUUCUAGUCUUAAUUUCAAUGCUGCAAAAAGUCUUAUACAGUCAGUUUUUUCUGCUGAUGUGUCCAUAUUAGGACCCCCCCCCCCUUCAGCGGACCACAGGUGUAAGGCUCAGUGCUCGUGGACAACAUGGGGCCGCUGCAGGGCCGUGUUAAUUAGGCUAUAACGCUCACUUGUAGAGAUCUGUCUGAGGAUGUUUAGCCCCAUAGAUUUAGAAAGAGGACUCACAUCGACGCUCUUGCCAUUUUAAAACAGUCAUUGUUCUUCUGUCGUUUUUGAAACCAGUGCUCAAGCUGUUGUCCCCCCACUUUGGAACAGCUCAAAUUCGGCUGUGAUUUGAACGAACAUUCCACAAAUAUACUAUGAAGUCUGUACAUUGCAUUGGUCAAAACGAUCAGCGUGUAGAUAUGAUGACUAAAUCAUUUUAGGUAUGCUGUCGUAUUAGUCAGUGGUGCUGAAAAAGAACUGCCUCCCAAUAGGAUACGUUUGCACAUUAAAUCGCUGAUGCAGCCUGUC